AUGCCCGAGCCGCAGGCCAUCCUCCCGCUCCGCGCGCUGCCGCCGGACGCGCCGCUGCCCUUCCCCCCGCCGUUCCACCAGCAGUCCCCCGCCGCCGCCCCCUCCGCCGCCCCCACCACCGCCCUAGUCCCGGCCACGCCCACGAACCCGACUCCUCCCCCUCCCCUUCCCCUUACCCUGGCCGCGCCGCCCGCCUCCACGCGGCCGCCGCACCCAUGGGAGAUAGCCGCGCGCGCCUGGCUCGAGUCCUUCCCCGACGGCCGCCCUCCCACGGAGCCCGAGGUGGACGCCUACAUCGACGCCCACCGCCCCGACCUCCCGUCCCUCCCCCGCUCCCAGCUCCACCAGCGCCUCCUCGCGCUCCGCGGCGACCAGGUGUUAGACCCGGACCAAAGCGCGUUCCCGUACAGGUUCCAGCGAACCGAUCUCUGGAAGCCUGUGUAUCAGUGGCUGGAGACUCUCGAGAUGGAGACUCUAGUUGAGUCAAAGCAGAUAUCGGACUGGCUUGCAGCCAACCCGCAGGUGAUGAACAGGCUGGUCGAGAAGCACUCCAAAUACCAUCUCAUACACUACAGCCAGCGGAUGCACUUGAAGUUGCUCAAGAAGAGGGGCAAGUUGCCAAAGACUCUACAACUUUCUGCGGCUAGAGCCACAUUCCAGCGAAGUUCUGUUCCAGUGACCCCACCAGAAAGUGCAAUGACCUUACCACUAUCUCUGCCUCCAGUGACAGGUGGAUUUCCAGGUGGCAGUGCAACCAUAUCUCCAGGUGUCAGUGCAGGCAGAUCUCCAGUAGAAGGUGCAGGGAAAUCUCCAGGUGGCACUGCAACAAUAAGGGACAAAGAUAUGUCGUUGUCUAAAAAGAAAGAAGCUCUCCUCAAAUAUGAACUUUUGACAGAUUUGCAGAAUCAGUUGACCAGCGUGCUGUUAAAGCAGUGUCGUACUGUCGCCAUCAAAGAUACAGAUUCACUGUAUAUGGAUAUUCAGAAGUCAGAGACUGGCAUAUGCAUACAAGAAGGGACAACUAUUGCAAGCACGUCAAAUCUUGCAGAUGUGCCAAAUAUUUAUGUCAACGAACAGCAAAACUCAGGAGGAGCAAUCGAGAGUGAAUUUGGCCAAAAGAGAAAGAGAAACCCUAUCAUUGUUACACCUGCGUGGUGUUUCAGUGAAGCUGCACCAGGAACCUUGGAGCAUGAACAAAAUUCUAGUUCACAUAGUGAUGGUGCAAGAAGUUUCAAUAUGUGGAAGGGACAUGCUAGUCCAUCGUUUCUGCAUAGAUCUAUUAAGAAAAAUCUAUUAUACUGCCUAGAGGGGCGUGAAAUUGGUAGCAACUGGUCUCAAGCUUGUUCUAAUGGAGGUUAUGUGGGAAGGAAUUGUGAAAGAUGGACCCCGUUUCUUGAAGGAUGGAAUUCACCUGCAGUCCAGUUUGAAGGGCCUGCAGUACAAGCUGUAAGGAAAAGUUAUUUAUCUUGGCAUCCAACUUCAUUUGCUUAUACGUCAAGUGCUCCUUCUGCUCAGCCUCAUGACAGGCAAGGUGUACGCAAAGUUCUUGAUGUAAAAUUUCAUCCUGAAGGAUUGCCUCAGCUUGUUUCUUGCUCCAAUGAGGCACCAAAUGAAUUAUUGCUUUUCAAUCUUCUUUCUGGAAGGGCUAUUCAACUUAGAGGCCAUAAUACUAAGAUCCAGGCAACCUCAUUUGCAGUUAAAGGAGCAAGCGUUGUAUCUUGUGGUUCCAAUUUACUAAAGGUAUGGGACUGCAUAACUGGCUCUUGCCUCUAUACCCUGGGCGGUGAUGACCAAAAUUCAGUGGGGCAUACUCAAAAUAUUAAUGCUAUGGCAGUGAAUAAAUGGCAGUCCUGUCUGGUUGUCACCAGCGGAGCAAAAGGUGAUGGGAAGCUUCUAUUAUGGAAUGCUUUGAGAGGUGAACUUGCUUCUGAUCUAAAUUCCAAUCUGAGGUCACAGGAUAUGGUCUAUCCUUCAAUUGAUACAAUGGAGUUCUGCAGUGAGAAUCUUCUGGCAUGUGGAAGUGACUGUGAUUAUGGUGGCUCUGCGGUGGUACAAUUAUGGGAUCUCGAGUCUCCAGAAUCUUACUUAUCUUUCUCUGCCAGCGAUUCUUAUAUUACUUCCCUUAAAAUCAAUCCUGCUGGCAACACUAUCAUUACAGGUUCUGGUGAUGGGACUAUUGGCUUAUUUGACAUCCGUGCUUGUUCUGCAAUUAAUCAUUUGUCGGUGGGCUCUGGUUCUGAGGUUACAUCUGUUUCAUUUAGCAACUGUGGUACCUACUUUGCCGCUUCUAGCACAUCAAAUAACACGUUGGUUUGGGAUACAAGACUAGUUCCAGUAAGUCACACCAGGGAUGUUUCACGAAGUAAAGACAUGCGUUUUUUUCGGCCUUUACAUUGCUUGAGCCAUGGCAAGCAGAUGCCGACUGCAGAAUAUACAAGCCAACUGCCAGGUCAUGUUGAUGAAGGUGAUCAGGGGGUAAAUGCCGCGCAGUGGUUACAUAAUCAACCUGUCCUUGUUACUGCAAGUGGUGAUGGCAGCAUUGGAAUGUGGGAUGUCACUCUAGGGCAGCCUUGUGUCAGACAUAUCAUCACUCAUAAUCGAUGUGCCAAUGCUGUUGCUGUAGCCCCUAAUGAUGAAUACAUCUCAACAGGAGGAAGCGAUCAAAAAGUUGUUUUGUAUCAUGAUAAAAAUGGGCGUGCAGAUCUUAAUUGGCGUCUCGCGUACCCUCUGCUGGGAAAUGAAUAAUAUGCUGCCACAAAUCGUACAAUGAUCCCACUAAUGCCGAGGAAACAUCCGAAAUAGGUUGUUGAUCUAAAAAAGAAACUUUGCGGCUUGAAAAUGAUGUAGAACGCUGGCUGGUAUUGAAGCCUCGGCUGGAUGGACGGCUGCAGCUUGUGUUGGGCCUUGAUAUAAAUGAAUUUUCAUCCCUCUUUACCAGUUGAGUCUGUACCUUUUUAUUCUCCUGUAAAGAGAAUGCUUAUGAAAUCAAUAUUGACCUGACGGACAAUAGUUUUCUCAUCUUAGUAAAACGUUAAUUCAGUUAUGAGCCAGAUGGGAAUCCCCUGUAACA